AUGAACCCAUUAUUAUUAUCACCAGAAUUAUUGGCUAAUGUUUUUAAAUACGUAUACUUGGGAGGGGGCAAACCAACUCUUUUUUCUUGUUGUUUAGUAGAUAGGCGUUGGAGUAACUACUGUGGAUAUUCGGAAUUAGUAAAAGGUGAAAAUAUCAGCAAAGAUUUAAAAAGACUCCAUGCAAAUUUAUUAAUUAAAAAUUUGGUAAAUCUGAUAUUAAAAUCUGCCAAAAUCAAGGAAAUUUAUUUGGAUUAUUUGACAAUUCCUUAUCUGCCAAAUAAUUUUCAUAAAAAUUCAGGCCUUCACUUUAAAAAUAUUAAAAUAUUGCAUUAUAAUUACGAUAAUACAGAUUCGCCCGGUUUAUUGAAUAAUUUCGUUGGAAUUGCUAAUAAAAUUGAAAAAUUAAGUGUUGAAAUAAAAAAAUCCGAUGAGGCUGGUGAUGGACUAGGUGAACUGAUAAGUCAGCAAUCUGAAUUAAAAAUAAUGCAUCUUCUUGUAGAACAAGAUUGCUCUUUAUUUAGAACUACAUUGGAGGCAUUAUUGGGUAAAUCAGGUUCAUUAAUAGAAUUCAGAGGCUACAUUCACACUAUGGAUGAAAUGUUGAAAGAAGGAGCAGAAUUCACAAACAUGAAAAAACUGUACCUAUUUAAUCAUUAUGAUGAUGGGAAUAUUUCAAUGACUAGUUUCAAGGAUGCUAAAUUUCCACAACUUGAAGAAUUUCAUUUUCAGUUUAAUGCCGAAGGUGAUAUAGAUGAUCUUAUUCAGUUUAUUGGCCGAAAUGGGUCAAAUCUAAAAGUUAUUGUCAUUGAAGGCAAUCCUGACGAAAAUUCACUUGAACUUUUUAUUGAAAAAAUCACAAUAACUUGCAGAAAUUUAAAAUAUUUAUAUUUACCAACUUCUUAUCAUCGUGAUUACCAAGCCUCCUUAGAGAACUUCACUAUAUAUACUGGAUUUGCUGUUGCUGACAGAUUUGCUAAAUGA